GAAUCUACGUUCUGUCUGUCAUAAGUAUGAGAUGCGGCGAUUACUCAUACAACGCCAGUGAAUUUAUUUGUUGCGACAACUAUGAACUGUGUCAAAAAGACACUCAAAAAGUGAGGCUGAAACACAAAUGCUGCGGCAAGCACUGCUAUAGCGUAGGCAGUAGCAUCUGCUGUGGCAACAGAGUAACGGAUAAGUGUCAUCCAUAUAUGGCUGCCUGCUGUGGAUACAGGUGCUACAAGUCAGACGAGGAAAUUUGCUGCAACCUGAAGAUCAUCCCAAAAUGUUCGGAACUGCAUUCGGCUUGUUGUGGAGACGAAUGUUACGACACAACAAGGAUGUGCUGCACCCGAAGCAUCAUUCAUCCGUGCUAUCAUUCAUCGUAUGUCUGAUG